CCUGCAGCGGCCUUGAAAGGGAGAAAUCGAAAGAAAAGCGGGCGGGAAAGGAAACCAGUGUUCUUCCACUUUCCCUUCCCGUCUCUCCUGAGGAAUGCGGGCGCUGGCAGGACAAGGGGGAAUGGCUCCACACCGACAGAGGGCAGGCUGAGCUUCUGCACGCCGUGCCUGCAGGAAUGUCUGAAGCCCAAGAAGCCAGUCUGUGGGGUGUGCCGCAGCACCCUGGCACCUGGGAGCAGAGCUCUGGACCUGGAGAAGCAAAUUGAAACGACAGAAACCACUUGCAACGGCUGCCAUAAAAAAAUGUACCUGUCCAAGAUGCGCAGCCACGCAGCCUCCUGCUCCAAGUACCAGAAUUACAUCAUGGAAGGUGUGAAGGCUGUUACUAAAGAGCCCCUCCACAACACCAGGAGCUUCCCAAAUCGCUUCACCUUCCCCUGCCCGUACUGCAGCGAGAAGAACUUUGAUCAAGAGGGACUGGUUGAACACUGCAAAGCUUUGCACAGCAUGGAUGCAAAACAAGUGGUUUGCCCAAUUUGUGCCUCAAUGCCAUGGGGAGACCCCAAUUACAGGAGUGCAAACUUCAUGGAGCACCUGCAGAGACGCCAUCGCUUUUCCUAUGACACCUUUGUGGACUACGAUGCUGAUGAGGAUGAUAUGAUGGCACAGGUUUUGAUGCGCUCUUUGAGGGAUAAGUGAUCCAGCCAGAAGAUUUACUGCAAACCCAAGCUUUCACGAGGGGGAAAUGCCCAGCAUCCUUGCACUUCUCCCAGCACAUCCCAAGAUGAACUCAGGCAUCCAGAAGUACAGAAGACUUUAAUCCUAUCUCAGUUUUAAAUCCUGGUUUGAUACUUCUGUACCGUUCAGUCUUUCAGUAUCAUGGUUUCUGACAUUCAGCCUUCUCAGCCCCAUUUUUCUACUUGCUUAUCCUCAGUUUCAUUGUAGAUCAACAGGUGGGAACCAAGUUUUUUUUCUUUACCUAUGCCUUUUGGUUUCUUUGAAAGUUGUGUUUAUUUGACUGUCUAAAAUCAAAAACAUUCCAAAUGGAAUGGCCUGAACUAGUUAAUAAAUAUCUUCCCAAUCUCAUGUACAUAUCUCAAGUGAUUGUAUGUGAGGUGUUCUGGUAGCUCUGUUCCCCUUUAGUGAGACUUCAGGUGCUAACUGUAACUGUCAGACCAGCUCUCAUGUAAGUGACCUCUGAUCCCUGUGAUUCCAUAAUGUUUCCCAAUGUUUCAGUCCUUACAGGAAGCCUCCCAGCUGUAUGGAAAACAUAUCUUCAGUAUGAGUGUUCAAACUGCAAACUUUCCUAGGAAAUCUUUGCACUGUGUAGAAACUAGUUCAAAAUACUUCAGUUCUAUGCAUGAUUAUUUUCCUCCAUGCUCUUACUAUAAUUUCUAGCCUGGAAAAUUAUCUUUAGUGUUGGUCUUAAUUAAAAUGCAUAAUUUUUUAGCUACCUUAGCAAAUAUUAAUCAAAAUUGCUGGCUUUAUGAUUAAAUUGGUGGGUUUGAAACUGGUUUCCUAGUAAUUUUAAGCUUUAUGCUGAUAGGGGAAUUCAGAAGGAUUUUUUCAAUACCUCGGCUUUCUAGUUCAACUACAAUUUUCAUGUAUCUUCUUGGGUUUUCCAUCUCUCAAGGCAAGCUGGUGGAAAAACAAGUAAUCCAUAGCACUGGCAUAGCACUUCUUUCUGCAUCACAGAUUUUAUCAGGUAUUUUGAAUUCCUGUUCUUCAUUUAAAUGUUCCUAAAGUAGCUGAAGUACUUGGAUUGUUUGCCAUCUGGCAGUGUGUGUGUAGAGUCAGGUGUAGCUUUCAAGGAAAAGUAAAAUACAGCCCUGAGAGCAGGACAGUUCCAGCCCUUGGUGGAUGCUCUGUGUUCAAACCUACACUUUUACCAUGGAGAUUCCUUAGUUUGAUUUUGAUGCUUUGUUAAGUUCACAGUCGAGCUGCUGAGAUCUCAGGCACCUGAGCAGAACCUGUAAAUCACAGAUGUCCAAUGCAAGUGUUGUAACUGCAGCAGAGGAGCUGCACCACCCCAGAACUGAGCACUGAUUAAUAGAUUUGAGCAGGAACCUUGUCCCGUGGUGCUCUGCAGACGGCAGCAUAGCCUUACCCUGAGAAUAAUGAAACACACUCCAGCUAAAACCUCGUGGUUCAGCCUCUCCAGCCAGACCUCUGGCACCUCCCAGCUGACCUCGGGGUUUGUUCCUUCCCCGUGGUAGGGGCUGUCCCACUCUGACCCCUGAGCAGCUGUGGGGCACUGGGAGACGUGAAGCUCUGGUUGUGUGGGAAGUGCUGUGUUUGGGGGUGGUUAUUGAGUGCCCUGCAGAUGUUCUGAUGGGGAUUGGAUGGGAUCUCUGGGAUGAGGCUACAGUGCAGUUUGGUGAUGCCCAUUGCCAGGAAUCCAGAUUCCUGCUUCUGUUCUAAGUGCACUUCCAUGCAAUUCUGAUAAAAUGUUUAAGGAGCAAUUAGAAGCUUCCGAGUAAUUUCUUUGUCAUGUUUUAGACUUUUGAAGACAAGUUACAAAUAAAGGUCAUUUAAUUUAUAAAAUCCUA